AAAGACAGCUAGCAAUGAAGGAGGAGGCUCACCUACCAGAAUUAGUCACCGCAUACUUCUCCUCACGUUCUUUCCCCCCCUUUUUAGGGUUUGUUUCUCUCCUCCCCCACUCUUUCAUACUUAUUCCUCCUCCUCCUCCUCCUCCUCCUCUUUCUCUAUCUCUCUCUCCUUCCACUCUACUCAUACAAUAUUAUAGUUAGAAGUAGGAGCUAGCCACUUCAUUGUCGUUGUUGCUCUUUCAUUUGAUUCCAACAAGCUUUGUUGCAAUUCUGGGGAGUUAUCUCGGAAGAAUAAGGCUUAUGCUUUGCUUUAUGUGGAUUCUUGCAAUUUUGGGCGGGAAUUAGGAUUUUAAUAUAGGAGUUGAGCUAAUUGGUGGACUUCUGUAGCUCUUGCCACCAGUUCUACUUAAACUCGACCUUUUAGACUUCAUUAUAGAAUUUGAUUUGUCACGCGCUCAGUUUGUUAGAAUUUUUUGCCCGAGUCUAUCAUUCAUACAAGCUACUAGAAUUUUUGGACAAAACAGCAACUGUACCGAAUCUUGAGCUUCCGCUUUCAAAUUACAGUUCGAACGUCUGAUUUUUCGUUCCUUUUAUCACUUCCCUACAAUUGCGAGGAGAAAGAAUUGUUAUUGCCCAAAUCCAAGCAAAGGGAAAAAUAGAGAGCUACGGGAGAUCUAAGCUGAUAGUCCAUUUUGAUUUCCAAGUGAAAGAGAAGAUGAUAGGGUCAACGAAUGAUCUACUGGAUGUAUGCGGGGAUUUUUUCGACCAGAUAGAUGAUUUGCUGGACUUUUCCACGGAAGACAUAGAGGCUGGAGCUGGAGAAAACUACAUUACUUCAUGGACUACCGUACCACCCGACACUAUGAUUGGGGCUCCAGACUCGGUUUUUUCCGGCUACAGCGACAGAAGCUCUUCCGAGCUUGCCACAGAACUCUCUGUUCCGUAUGAAGAAAUUGCUCAGUUGGAAUGGCUGUCAAACUUCGUCGAGGAUUCAUUCUCUGCCGGGAGCAGCGUCACCCUGGACAAAGACUCUUUCAAUGACCACAAAAACAAUGAUUCCCACCGGUUCCAGACUUCCAGCCCUGUGUCUGUCCUUGAAAGCAGCAGCUCGUGUUCUGGCGGUGGAAGGACCAUGCCUCUCAGCCCUGAAACCGUGGUCCCUGGCCGCGCCCGCAGCAAGCGCCCACGCCCUGCAACUUUCAACCCUCGGCCUGUUAUUCCACUCAUCUCUCCUACCUCUUCCAUAAUGGAACCCAACCAACCGUUAUCUGCGUCUGAAUUGGAGAAUUAUGCAGAAUCCCGACCAACAAAACCAACAAAGAAGAUACGAGCAGAUGAGGCAAUGGAACAGAAGAAGAAAAAAAAGAAGUUAUCGCUUAUAGCAGGUUCAGCAGAGCAAUCUGUUUCGCAGCCAAUCGCCAUUAGAAAAUGCAUGCACUGUGAGAUUACAAAGACCCCGCAAUGGAGAGCUGGCCCUAUGGGCCCUAAGACUCUGUGUAACGCAUGUGGGGUGCGCUAUAAGUCGGGCCGGCUUUUCCCAGAAUACCGGCCCGCAGCAAGCCCAACAUUUGUUUCUUCAUUGCACUCCAAUUCUCACAAGAAGGUUCUAGAGAUGAGGUCUAAGGUUAGCCACAAUGCAGAGAUGUCUGCCGCUGCAACUCCCAUUACAGACGCGACAGAAUUAAUGACGAGGAGCAUCCAUAUGCUUGAUUACAUAUGAUAGUAGUGAAAGUUUUUUUUUUUUAAUAUAUUUUUCUUUUCUUUUUCGGGGUCUCAUUGUUUAAUUAUUAGUUGGUUCUUUUAUUUCAAUUUUGUACAUAGAUGGGGAAAGGGAAUAGAGCUUGACCACAUUUUAGCUGGUAGAGAGAAAGGAAAAGAAACAAAAAUUAUUGGUGGGAAGAGGGCAGGUAGAGAGAAUUUAAGUUUAGGUUUAGGUUUAGGAUUCAGUCAUUCAGCUCAGCUUUAGUGAUGGGUAGGCUGGUUAGCUAUUGUUUCUUAAUUCGGCUUUUUUUUUUCCUUUUUGGAAUUAUUUUUGCAGUUCAUUUGCUGUUAGGAAAUUCCGAUAUAUGUUUUAAUUGGAUGCUUCGUCUCCAUAA